GGGGUUUUCUUUCCCAGAUGGGUCAGACAUCGUCGCAGGUGCAGGACGAGCUCAGCGAGCCGUCUGGAAACUUUGAUAUGGAUGGCAAUACCACCCCAUCAGCCACGCUAGAAAGACCCAAUUCAAAGUCACAGAAGAACUCCUCACCAAAACGGAAAAGAAAGUCGACCACCGAUGGCGCCAAUCAGCGCGUCUCUCCCGCGGCACCAUCUCCUCCAGUAACCCCCAAGAGCACGCAAGCGUCGCGGCCAGUGAAGAGGAAACGAAUCGUGGAGGCUUUGGAGAAUGGAGAUGCCACGCGAGAGGAAGAGUCAAACACGAACAACAUGGUUGUCGAGAUUCCAGUGCCCCAAAACUUGUCAACGCCGUCAUCCACACAUUCGAAAAAGAAAGGCAAGAGACAGUCGCGAUCAGAGCCACUUCAUCAAUCUCUUCCAAGCCAGUCAACUCUAUUGAACGGAGUAAAGGCAGCAUCAAAAUCUUCAGCUGUCCGAACGCCGCAUGGUCAGACUAAAACCAACGAUAAGGGCAAACUGACUGGUUUCUUCACCCCAGAGGAAGUUCAGGCUCUGGAGGACUUCAAGGUCGAAUUCUGCAAUAGUAAUGGACUAUCUGGGGACACGUUCAAUCGCAUAGUUCAGCAUUCUGAGCGCACCAAGAACAGUGACUUUCCCUGCGAUCCCUCGAUAAUCUCAAAACUUGAUUUCUGGAAAAAUGUCUACGCAAUAAACCCUGCCAGAGACCGGCGAUCAAUAUAUAGGUUCAUGAAACGACAUUUCCAGUCCUCAACACAGAAGCCGCACCACUGGACCGAGGAACAAGAUGAGGAGCUCAUCUCGCUUCAUAAACGCCACGGCCCCAAAUGGGUCUACAUCGCCAAGCUCAUAGGACGAAGCGAUGAUGAUGUUGUUCAGAGGUGGAAAAACCGUCUUGAACAUCGAGAUACAAUGCGAAGAGGGCCAUGGCAGGUAGAGGAAGUCCGUGGGCUACUAGAUGCUUUAACGAAUACCCGGGAAACCUUGAAGGGUAUGGGCCACAAUGUAGGAAAGGAUAUCUAUGAACUGCCCGAAUCCCUCAUCUCGUGGGGAGCCGUUAGCAACCACAUCCGCAAUUGGCGUUCCAGACAACAGUGUUCAGAUAAAUGGCGAAAGAUUGUCCGCAAGGUCAUGAAAGAUCGCGCCAAUGGGAAUCCCAACGCGGUCUUUGAUCCCGUUGCGGACUACCAACGGGCCCGUAAGACCCCAGAAUCGGAGAAAUCUCCUGCUGCGCCGAAAAGUCGGAGGCAAAAGCCUAAGAGUGAGGAGAUUGUACAUUCGGAAGAUGAAGAUUCUGAGAACUUGGAAGAGGCUGGUAAUGAAGAAGACGAGAAUGCUGCCAUCGCAUCUAAGUCCCUCAGGAAAUCCAAGAAAGGAGAGGAGUCCACCGGUCUUCAACGACCUGUGUCAAAACAGAAGUCGGCAAAGGGUGAAGAGGUUGAGCGUGCACCAGCCCCGGAAAAGCAGGGGGGCGAAUCUGCCCUAUACGAUGUCAUGUCUGAAUCAGCUUCCGAAUCCGAGUCUAAUGCUACAGAUAAUGAGGAAAGCGAUGAGUCUGAAGCAGAAUCAGAAGCUGGAGGGGCUGAAGGCAUGAGCACGAUCGCCAAUGAUACACAGAACGACGCCCAGAGCACGUCUGCGGAUGAAUCGGACCCCCAGUCGGACUCUUCUAGUGCCUCGAACCGAGGGGAACUCAAUUUGUCGAGAGAAGGAAACACGCUGAAAAGAAAAAGAACCACUGCCGAACCAGCCUCCGACAAUAACGAGGAGGUCAUUUCAGAAUCUCCUGUUGCAAAACGACUUUCUACCAGACCUACGUUGAAAUCAUUGAAAUCAGUGAUGAGCAAAAGCGAACAACCCAAAUCGAAGUCUAAUGGCGCCAGCAUCAACGAUGGUGAUAGUGAAUCUGACGAUGAGUCUAAUUCCGAUGAUUCCGAUGCUGAAGAUGCUACGAGCGAGGAAACCGAUGAUGAAGAAAAUAGCGAUGACAUAUCCAGCGCCGAUGAGGAAGCGCCUGGGGGUAACCAGGCGGCGUCAGUUACCAAAGGCCGCAUCGAAAAGAAAGCAAGUGAAGGAUUGACAGUAAAGCAAGACGGGAGGAGGGUCGCAAAACUAAAAGGCCAAGUUAUUACCGCAAGUGACAGUGUUGAAUCCGAAUCAGGAUCCGAAUCCGAAAGUUCUGAAAAUGAUAAUUCGGAUGGUGAUGCUUCUAGUGAAGAAGAAAUAGAUGAGAGCGAUAAUGAACCCUAUGAUAUCAAGGAUGAAUCUACGGUCAAGAGCAUCGAAUCGAAGCUAGAAUCGAAAAAGGGAGCUAGACAAGCCUCUUCAAAGCGAGCAGGAACUACAGAAAAUGAACCCGAGCGCGCCAGUGAGAGUGAGGAUGAGAGCGAGGAUGAGAAUGAGGGUGAAAGUGACAGUCAAGAAGAAAAUGGUCAACGCAAACCAGAACCCAGUAAAAAGAGCGCACCAAAAACCGAAACUUCAAUACCAGAAUCACAAUCCGAGCCCGAAGCAGAGUCUGAAUCUGAAUCUGAAUCUGACUCCGACUUUGACACCCAUGCUAUCAAAUCGGAAGCCUCCUCGGACCCCGAACAUGCCUCUUCCCGGCGACAGAAAACGAACUUAGGUCCUCGCCGUCACAAACGAGGUAGCUUCAUCUUCUCGUCAUCUGCAGAUAUCAAAAACGAAAGCGAUUCUGACGACGCCAAACCUAUCAAAGUUAAUAGGGAUGUUGGCUCUGGCAGUGACAAUAACAAUGGCAGUCAGAGUGAUGGCGAGAGCAAGAGCGAAAACGAGAAUAACGAUGCUAACGACAACAACGGUGAUAGUGGUAGCGGGAGUGAAAGUGAGAAUUAGGAUGAAACUGGACGCUACGUUAAGAAGGACAAACUUCAGUCCGUACCAGGGUCCGAUCUCUAAGAUGGGGUAGAUGGCAUUAAUUGCCCGGGGCUACCUGACAGAUCCUUUCUCUUUUUGGAUCCCUUUUUGUUGGACUUCAAGCACGCCCUGGUGAAGGCUAAUGAUCGUGGGUCUAUUGGUCUUCGAUGAUUGAAUGUGUAUGCUUUGAAAUCUUGGAUAAUAUGAAAGAACAAAAUGUGAUAAUGGAAAAGGAGUCUAUUGCCGGGUACUCUCGGGCUUUUUUUCGAGCCGGCAUACUUCCAUAUCCAAGCUAAGAUCAUAGUAUAGUAUAAUAAGACUUUACAUAACUACAGUUCAUCCUUCUUCCAACCAGCCGGUUCCUCAAGGACCUUCUGACCUUCUUCACCGUGGCUGUAACUGGGUUCCUCUGUGGGAAUACCGCCAGCGACCCUAUUGGCCAAUGCAGCAAUCUCAUCGUCAUAGGCCGUCCACUCUGGCACCUGUCUCCUGGCACGAUCCAACUUGGGCUCCUUGGUAAGUGGGUUAUUACAGAGAUCGAUCGUCUUCGCUCGGGCAAGCGAUUCGUCGGAACACCAAGUUUCACACCAUAGCCAGUCCUGUGGGAGGCUCUUGAUGGGAAUAUAAUGCUGCAUGUGAUUUGGCAGAUCUUGGUCGAGGUUACUCAAACUACCGGGGUCGGCAGACAGGGCCUGGUACUGGCCGCGCAAGCGGUCGCCGGCAGCCAGGGCCCGGAAGCGAGAGAGGUCGACAACAUACAGUGCGGAAAUAUGAUAGGGGAGUCCCCGAAGGAAGUUCUUCCAGUAUCCCUGUUUCCAGAACCGGAAGCCUUCCAUCUCCGUGCGCGAAUCGCACAUCGGUGUGAAGCCGUAGGGGGCACCUUCGAGAUCUAAGGUGACUAGAUCGUACAAGUCGGUCCUCACGAUCUGGUCUGCGUCCACGAAGAUGACUUUGUCUAGGGAGAGGGGGAAAAGAACAUCCAGGAAGAGGAUCUUAUAGCCCCAUAUCUCACGCUGUUUCUCACGCUGACCCCGUAGCCAAUGGGGCCACUUAUACGUGACCAUUUCGUACGAGAAGCCGUGCUCUUUGGCAAGGUGUGGGAGGAAGGAUUUGAAUGACGGUGACAGAAACUGCUCGAUGAACCAGAACUUGACAGAGUGCUUGGUGUUCCGCAUUACAGAAACCAUCAUAAUAUUGAGCAUGCGUUCGUAAAGGUGGCCGCUCGCAACAGAAAAGAUGUUGAUGUCUGCAUGCUUCUCUGCACCACUGCUCUUGGGGUUAAUGCCGACACCCGAAAGAACGUCUGACGCGAAAUUUAGUCCCUUCGACACAUAAUUUAUAGCCGAGCCUAGACGCGAUCCAGACUCUUGCAAUACAUCUUCAUCUUCAUAUCCCUUCUUGCGAGUCAAGCGAGGGAAGAGAGUUAUCCCCUGGAAAGAAAGGAGUGCGACUUCGUUGUUCUCGUCUCCAGGUUGUGGAGUAUAACCAAACCCUCCAACGCUGUCAAGGUUGAAAAUGUCCUGACUGCGCCCGGGUUUCAGGUUGAUUUUCCAGAUUCCUGGCUGAGCUUUGAAUUGAAAGUACCCCAAAUUAGCCAUGAUAAUGGUGUCCGAGAAGUGCGGGUUGUCCUCAGUCCCGAGAAGUAGUUGGACCCCUCUUGGAGGAGACUUGGUAGUCAGAUCUCGCGAAUGGCCUUCGAUAAGGAUAUAUUCCAAAGCAUAAACAGCAUCAACAUUAGCUCCCUUCUUCAAGGUACUCAGCUUAAUAUUAUCAAGAUCGUAGACGGACUCCUUCGGCGCUACGAGCCACGGAGAAGGAACAUCCAUGCCCAGUGUGAGCAGCGCCUGCACUGGUACCCCAGUGAAGGAUGCCUUGGGUUCUAAUAUGGAUCCAUCGCUGUUGAAUGAAGGCUCUGAACGAAGAACGUAGCGAUAGAACCGUUUAAUCGGGAGCUCCUGUAUCUCUUCGCGAGGGUUCAGUAGUAUCUUCAAAUUCACUCCAGCCAACUCUGAAAGUAUUUUAAGAACAGGCACCCAUUUCUGCGCUACUUCGGAUGUGGGAUCGAUGACGGCGACAACGCUGAUUGUUGGAUCUUCGACUUUCGAGAGCGUUAUCACAGAAUGAGUGGUGUUCCAUUGGUUGAACAUGUUUACUCGAAUAGGUGGAGGGGAAUCAAAGAGUCCUUCGGGGGUGUCGGAGACCAUCGAAAGAGCAGCGAGCGAGGUAAUUUUCGCGAGAUCGAGAGGUGAGGAAAACUUGGCAUCAAGUCCCAGGUCUUUUAGGGCCUCUAUGACCGGGGCUGUCCGCUUUGUACGCUCGUAAUUCAGCAGCUGGUCUAAAUCACCAGUUGUCAAAACGGGGUCCUUUGGAAGUGGUCCGACUAUUCUCCCAUUAACCAUGAGGCCGGAAGUCCCAAGAGCAAACCCAAGGUCUUGAGCAAGGGAUUGCUGAACUGCCAGAGAUUGAGAUAUCUCCUGAGUCUCUGCUUCGGAGAUUGAGCCCUCAGCGCUGUCAGAAUACUCCAACUUAGUCAUGAUUUGCGCUGCAUCUAAUUCGUGGUCUUCUUUGAAAGAACGGUGCAGUUUUGCUGAAGUGCCCAGUGAAGUGAACUCCAGUGUCCUAGGAUUGUGUAGAAAGAGAAUCUCGG